AUGAUUGAUAUUCUAAAAUUAGAACAUCAUAACCAUCUUUUAUUGCUGGAAAGUAGGCAAUGUACCUUAGAAAGGUUAUCAUGGUGCUGUAAUAGGCUUUGGUCUAUUGAGAAAAGACUAAAAGUAAUACACAAGGAAGAUUUGUAUGACAGCUGCCUAGAUGAAUCCAUAUUUGUAACACCUAUGUACUUUGUUAAUUGGAUUGAUCAAACAUUUGAUAUUUUAAAUAAACUGUCUGAAUUAGUUUCUAAUACUUGUAGUAAAAAUAGUGAAGAGUUAUACAACAAGUGGAAGAAUGAAAUGACAGAAUCCCUAAGCAGUUUACAUACAUUAAUAGACGAGUUAUUACUAUCUGCUAUGACAUUAUGUAGGUACUGUUUGCCUGCAGAUCAGCAUAUUAUAAAGGCAAGGUGCCAAGUGGUGUUAAGAGAAACAAGAGCACUUCUGAACGAUGUUGUUGAUGGGGAUAUGGAAAAUAUGUUGGAUCAUUGGAAUAGUGAAGAUGAAGUAACUGAACUUUGUAAUUAUGUAAAGGAAUUUGAUUUGUAUAAUGAAAGGCUAUUGCAAAUAGGAUCUUUUGCAGUGUCUUGUUCAUCUGAUGAGAAAAGGAUUCUAGCCCUCCGGAGCAAUCUUGCGACUCUAGAAGCUUUAGAUCCUCAUUUGGUUCCAGCAUUAAUAAUGUCUCCCGAGAGCCAUCAUUCCUCACUGUUAAGGAAUUCUUGGAAUAAGGAAGUUUUGGAGAUUAGAGAUAGCAUUUUUCUAAUUGUGGAUCCUGCUGCUUUUGCAGAAAAGGCAAAACAAAUGAUGCACCAAAAACUAUUGGAUACUUUAAAGGAUACCUUGUAUGAUAAUAAAAAGAUAUGUUCUUUCAUAAAUAUAGGUUGUCUGGUGUAUGAGUUCUUUAGUGUGUAUAAUAAAUAUGAACCAGAUGCCAUAAGUGAAAAUAAAAAACUACUACCUCUCUUGUCCGAUUUAAAUAAAGCUCAAUUGGAAUGCAAAGCUGUUAGCGAUAUCCUAUGUACUGGAGACGAUUUUGUAUAUGGUGUAAGAAAAUCCAUGAAAACCAUUUCUCUAGAACAAGUGCAUAAACGCCUUAAGCUGCUCUACACUAUUAUCAAUAGAAUCAAUACGCUGCUGCAUCCAAAAGACAAUGAAGACGAACUUUUCGCGAAUGAGGAUGACGUCGGAAAUUAUGACGUCACGCAUUCAAUACACUUUAAAAAUAAUGCAACAUACGUGAAUUCGCCUAAAAGGGUUCCAAAUGCACUGUCAAGGAGCGUCUUUGCCAGAACAACCAAUAUUCGAACACCCGCUAGCAAAAUUCCCCUGUUUAAGCUUACAAAGAAUUUGAGGCAGAGAAAGUGCCUUAACAUCAAUUUUUCGGCACAAUUGGAAGAAUUGUGUAAUGCUACGGAUCAAAAUGUAGCCAAUACUAGAGAUUCUUUAUCAUUUUUCUAUUCACCGUUGAGGAAGCGACCGUCACUACGGAAAGCGGUUUUGAAUAGACAUAAACUCACAAUUGAGAAAGAUAAAGAAAUUCCUAAUGAGUCGAGUAAAACAUUCGGAGACAGCAAUUUGGUGGAUGAUUCGUUUGAUUUUCAAAUAACAGAGGUCUUAAAUCAGAUGAACGACUUGACCAACACUUUCACUUCAACCACACCAUUAAAAAUGGAUGGAUACGAGCAUUCAAAAUAUAAUGAUGCUAAACGAAAAGGAUCAAGACAAGACACAGUGUCUAGCUUCAAUAUUAACGACACAACCAUCACCAAACGCGUCUGGAAUAUUCCAAUUAACACCAGCGGUCCAGACUCAAAUGUCACUCAUAUGACUAUGAAUAUAUCUCAGCCGUCUAAUAUAACUACUUUGGAGAGAUUGAAUGAUUUAGACCUCGUCGAGAGUAAAUUGAGCGAUUUAAGGGUAAAGCAGUUGGAAACUAGUUUA